AAAAAAAUUACCAUUCUGCCCCCUGAAUUUCACAUAUUUUGACCUCUUUGAGCGAGAUUAAAAUGCCAUUUUUGAAUGUUUUACCCAUCUCUAUCACGAGUCUCCAUCUAGGAAAACCCUUCGGCGUCGGGAACACUUGUUGAAGAUGAGCUACUCGAGACGAUUCGAUCUCUUCGAGUCCUUCAGCCGCGGAACAAAGCCAUCUUUCCUCUUCCCCUCUCCGCCGGAGAUGGUGGAAGUGGAGCUUGAUGAGCAGAUAGACUUUGCUCUCGAUGUUCUGAGCCCGGGCCUCUGCUCUAGAUCAAGCUUUUUCGACAUAUCGCCCGCCCAUUCAUGCUACUUUGACUCCUGGUUAUCGGAUCUGGCCUUGGUCUCGUUCCAGCCCUUUGUCAGCGCUGUCCGACGUGCGGAGACUGAGAUCCAGCUGCAGAGUUUGAGUAAUCGUAUUGCCGCGCUUGAGGCAGGGUUCGAUCGUGCGAUUGGUUCGAAGACGGAGCCCAGGGACCGUAAGUUUAAGUGGACGGCGGAGAUCAAGGGUCGGAAGGGUGAGGAGUCGGAUCGGAAGUAUAAGUUAGUGGCGGAGGCGAAGGCUGGCGGGGAGAGGAGUGUGAAGUGGACCACGGAUGUGAAGGGUAAGGGUAGCUACACGCUCGAGGCGGCAACAGCGGGGGCGAAGAAAGGAAAGGAGAAGGAUAAGAAGGGGGAGAAGAAGAAGAAGGGGACGGAGUCGUCUGCAAGGCUGGUAGAAAUCGAGGAGGAGAAGAACCCUGGUGGGAUCGUUAUCAGGAAGGCCUUUGCGAAGAAAACUUUUGCCAACUCCAAGGGUAAGAGGAGGGAGUUGUCACCUCAAGAUGCUGCAGUUCUAAUUCAGGUGAGGUUUAGAGCUUAUUUGGUAAGGCGUUCUCAGAUUGUUCGUUGUCUUCGAGAACUGGCUGUAGCAAAAGCGAGGCUGAAGGAGAUCAGAUCCUUAUUUAAUAAUUUUUCUUAUCGACGUCGCAUUGCGAGGGACACAGAGGAACAGCAGAGAUUUACUGAAAAAUUUAUCGUCCUUCUCUUAACGGUUGAUGCCAUUCAGGGAAUUGAUUACAUGAUUCGUGCCGCAAAGAAGUCGAUUAUCGACGAACUGGAGAUAAUGCUCGAGGUUGUGGACCCACAGACUGCGACCGGAAAGCUUGGUUCACUCAGACGAAGGAAAUUCGACCUGCCGGAAGGUCAAUUCAUUCCAAGGGAAAUGGCGAGGAGUGUAGCUCAGGUGGUGGAGCUGAUAGAUGAACGUGAUGAUGAUGCGGAAGCAGGUGUUGCUUCUGCUUAGUCAAUAAUUUCAGCUGGUAGGAAUAUUUCUUGAGUUGCAUCUGUUAAGGCUUUUUUAUGUUGGAAUUCCAAGUUAACAAGAGACAAAUUGCUUUGUUUUCUUUUAUGUUUUAAGAUUGCAGACCACGUACUCUUUCUGCAA